AUGGGCAUGGGCAUCGACUGGUCUGCCGAGGAGGAGAGGGAGGCGGAGGACGACGAGGAGGAGGAGGCCAUCGCGGGCGGCGAGGAGGGCAACGACAAUGUGGCUGAGAAGGAGAAGAAAAGGACAAAGAGAAUGAAAAAAUCAUCAUCAUCAUAAUCAUCUGGUGCUGUAAUGGCAUGUAAGUGAAGCGUCAAAUCAUGUCCCUCAUCCAUGUGUGCAUCGUUGCUUGUCGUGAAUUGUGUGUGUGUGUCUGUUCCUGACGCACCGUGACUGCAGCAUCAUCAUCAUUAUCAUUAUUAUUAUUUUUCUCAUCAUGGUGGCGGCCAUGCGGACAGAGAGGGGCAAAGACUGCAGGCAAGAGCUGGAGACACUAAACGGCUACGUGUAAGUCUUGACGCAGCUAAGGCGUGUUGCUGUGUCUUUAUGUAUCUCUCUCUCUUUCUCUCUCUCUCUCUGUGUGUGUGUGUGUGUGUUUGUGUAUUUCUGGCUGCAGCAAGGCACACAGUCCACCGAUAUCAGGGGGAGAAGGGCAAUCGGACGGACCAUAGCCUGUUCGUCAUGGCUGGCGCCAAGGAGCGUCAUGAUAUGGGUAACAUCCUCGGCGCACAUCCAGUGCAAUACUACGACGUAAGCCAGGGAUGAGGGCGGGCGCGAAGGCAUGUGAUGCAUGCAUGAAAUUCACUCCUCACUGCGUGGGCGUUGUGUUGUCAUUUAUGAGUGCAGCAAUCCAGCCAUGUGCACAAGGUGGCCAAGCGAGAGCAGCGUCCAAGUAUGA